GAGCUCUCACUAGCGCUGCCAGUGGACAAUCAGACCUACACACCCACCUCUGGCUACACUCGCGUUUUUUUUUUGAACAUUUCUUAGUUCUGCUCUAAAUUUACACGGCUAGGCGAAGUCCUCUUAGCUCGACUAAAAUCUCGCCGCGACGCUCCGUGAUCCACUGGAAGACAGAAGAGGAGGAGAAGGCAGAGAAAUCCGAGAUACAACAUGGAGUCCCCUCCAGAUCCAACCAGCGACCCGGGCAACAGCGCCUCAGAGUCGGCUACCCCGGUCAGGGAAACCCCGGUAAACCUGGAGACUCUCCGCAAAGCUGAGCACCACCAAGCCCCCCCGGUCAGGAGACAGAGCUGCUCCAGCACCAAUAGAGGUAUUUCAGUAACAAAGAAGACACACACUUCUCAAAUUGAAAUUAUUCCCUGCAAGAUCUGUGGAGACAAAUCAUCAGGCAUCCAUUACGGCGUGAUAACAUGUGAGGGCUGUAAGGGUUUCUUCAGGAGGAGUCAGCAGAGCAAUGCUGCGUACUCGUGCCCACGUCAGAAGAACUGCCUGAUCGACCGCACCAGCCGAAACCGCUGCCAGCACUGCAGGCUGCAGAAGUGUCUGGCCGUGGGCAUGUCACGGGACGCGGUGAAGUUCGGUCGCAUGUCCAAGAAGCAGCGGGACAGUCUGUAUGCAGAGGUGCAGAAGCACCGGCUCCAGCAGCAACAGAGGGACCACCAGCAGCAGCCCGGUGAGGCCGAGCCGCUCACCCCCACCUAUGGGCUGUCAGCCAACGGCCUGACCGAGCUGCACGACGAGUUGAGCGGCUACAUGGACGGACACACGCCGGACGGCAGCAAGCCCGACUCAGGUGUCAGCAGCUUCUACCUGGACAUCCAGCCCUCACCCGACCAGUCCGGCCUGGACAUCAACGGCAUCAAGCCUGAGCCCAUCUGCGACUUCACGCCCGGCUCAGGCUUCUUCCCCUACUGUUCCUUCACCAACGGCGAGACUUCACCCACCGUCUCCAUGGCUGAGCUAGAGCAUCUGGCCCAGAACAUCUCCAAGUCCCACAUGGAGACGUGUCAGUAUCUGAGAGAGGAGCUGCAGCAGAUGACCUGGCAGGCCUUCUUGCAGGAGGAGAUGGAGAGCUAUCAGAACAAGCCCAGAGAAGUCAUGUGGCAGUUGUGCGCCAUUAAAAUCACAGAGGCCAUCCAGUAUGUGGUGGAGUUCGCCAAACGCAUCGACGGCUUCAUGGAGCUUUGUCAGAACGAUCAGAUCGUGCUGCUCAAAGCAGGCUCUUUGGAGGUGGUUUUUGUCAGAAUGUGCCGUGCCUUUGACCCCCAGAACAACACAGUCUAUUUCGAUGGAAAGUAUGCUGGUCCUGAUGUGUUUAAGUCAUUAGGCUGUGACGACUUGAUCAGCUCUGUCUUCGAGUUUGGGAAAAACUUGUGUUCUAUGCACCUGUCUGAGGACGAGCUCGCCCUGUUCUCGGCGUUCGUGUUGAUGUCUGCAGACCGUUCCUGGCUCCAGGAGAAGGUGAAGGUGGAGAAACUGCAGCAGAAGAUCCAGCUGGCCCUACAGCACGUCCUGCAGAAGAACCACAGAGAGGAUGGCAUACUCACAAAGUUGAUAUGCAAAGUGUCGACACUGCGAGCGCUGUGCAGCAGGCAUACAGAGAAGCUGACUGCUUUCAAAGCAAUAUACCCAGACAUUGUGCGCACCCACUUCCCCCCAUUAUACAAGGAGCUGUUUGGAUCAGACUUUGAGCAGUCCAUGCCUGUGGACGGCUAGCGGCCCCUUCGUCCUGCCCUCCGGGGGGCAAAAACGCCGUGGGGAAUGUCGAGCAUGAAUCUGAGACACUUUACCAGUGCCCUGCACAUACAUAUAUGCCCAUAUGCACACACAAACAUACACACACACACAUACACAACACACACCGACGCGCACACACACAUACACAAACACGUACCAGGACAGCUAACCUGCUGCACACUUUCCCGUUUUUUUGUUGUUGUUGUUUUUUCCUUUGGGAGGGCGUGAGGCAGAGGCGGGUUUGAUUUAGAGGGGUAAUUUGUGAGGUUUAUCCCCUCGUUUUUUGAUACAGGUGGGAUUGAGGGGGCCCUGGGGAGAGGAUGAGAAGAUGAAGACACUCGUUCUCUCUCUCUCUCUCUCUCUCUCCCUUUUUUCUCUCUUACUCUGUCUCUCUCUUUCUCUCUUUCUGGCUCAAGCUGAAGCGCUCAUGCAUACGACUCCAGAAGGGUCCCUUGAUGAUUCCUAAUGAUCAGCAGAACCUGUUUCCAAUGUUUCCAACAACGAAAAUAUAUAUACUGGUUCCAGCAACUCAAGCAUCCAGUUUAGAGUGAAAUCGAUCAAAUUAAUGAGAAUAAGCAAUUCUUACUUAUUAUUAUUAUUAUUAUUAUUAUUACUACAUCUAAGUGGAAAAUCUACCCUAAGCCCAAAGAGGGCAAAAACCUGCUGUAUGUGCAAGAAUUAUGACCCAGUAUACUGUAUGCAUGGGCCAAGCUUAGCCUCCUCUCCUCCUUUUUUUGGUGGGAAAACCUCGCCUCGGAGCGCAAUGAAAAGCAGCAAUGAAAGAGACUGAAAAAGGAGAGGCAAUGGAAGAGGGAGAGAGCAGGAGAAACGGGGAGAUGGCACGAGAGAGAACGAUAGCAAGAAAGAGAGAGGAGUGCUGGAAGGAAUGUGGAACAGAGCUGUCGGCAUUGGGGUGACGUGAAGUGGCACCUAUCUAAGGACAAUCGUCAAAAAAAAAGAAGAAGAAGAAGAAGAAGAAGAAGAAAAAAAAAACUAAGUAGAAUUCUGGUAAUUCUAGUUUUAAAAAAAUGCAAUUACUUUUAGCUGUUGAAGACUCCAUCCACCAUGGUUGCUUAGUGAUAUCAUGUAAGGCCAUCUGCUAUUAAAUCCUUUUCUGGACAGGUGCUUGCAGUUUAACUGAGCACACCGCCACAAUGCAAGUCCAUUCCACCUGUUUUCUAAUGUGCUACAGGGUAUAUGGUCAUAAGUACUUACUAUACAGAAAAAAAGUAAUGUUUAUAGAAUCUAUUUUAAAUAACAUGUAUGAUAUUAGUAGCUAGACUAUUCUUAAUUGUUGAAAAAUUGAUAAGGCACUUUUAUUUGCACCUUUCUUUAAUUUAAGACUUGUAUAUUUACCUAGUGAUGUGUUGCAUGUGCAAAAAGAAAUACAAGUGAAAACCACAGAGUCACAGAGGCUACACGUAGUUGGAAGCUCCUACAACGCUGUGUGUGAGUGGGUGGGGUUUAAGAUAUAUGCUGGGUAAAGGCUGACAGAUAUCUGUAUAGGAAGCUCUGCAUUUUAGCACUUACAGAAGUGUAGACACCUAGUCCACACCUGAGUCUACACCUGAUCCCAGGUGAGCAUGUCUGCUUUUGGAUAUUUUGGAUAUUUUUACUUCUGCUCUGCAAUCACCUCCCAUCCACAAAACCUCUAAAUCCUCUAAAAAGGAGCUUCUGUUUAAAAAUAUUUUUAAAAAAUGACUCCCACCUGAUCUGACACUACUGUGCUUAGCCGUUAACUGUUAAUAAAAUAAAACAAACAGUGCUAAAUACAAUUUUUUUGGUCUCAGGUUUAGUAUAUAUAUAAACGGUUGUAAAGCACAUGGUUUAGAGUUCCAAAUCUACUAGCACAAGUGCAAUAGUUCCAUCUAGUGGUGAGAAGAUCACAGUAUGCCUCAGUAUCUUUAAACUGGGUUGCUGCACAAAUCAAAAUUUAAAUACGAAUUCAAGGCUUGGUGUUAAAUAUCAAGAUCUCUACAAAGAAAAUAAUAAUAACGAUAAUAAUCUAAAAAGCACAAUUUCAAACAAAACUAAAAAGAAAAUCUGUAAUAUAUGUAUGUAUCAGCAGGGCAUUUUUGAUUGGUAAAAUCUAAUUUAUUUAACUAUCAAAACAUUUUAAAUAUUUUCAGAUGCCUGCCUUAACAUAACUGAUUCUGCAUAAGAGGUUCUGCAGGAACCAUCUAAGAGAAUUUGAAAGUGUGUAAACAUUACGAAUGGCACUGAAUGCUCAUUUUGACACAGUCUAGCUUUUUUUCUAUUUCUGCGCUGUGUUGUUUUGUGGAUGGGUGUGUGUACAGGGUUUGUGCUUGUAAAUGUGGAGCUCUUUAAAACAGCCUCUCUGUUAAGGCCUUUGCCCAGCAGCUGUAGCAAUAGCUAGGAGACAGUUAAAGAAUAAAAAAGAGAGAGAGAAUGAAAUAUUCAAAGCCUUGUCUGGUAGUAAAAGUUCUAUUUUUGUAAUAUGUACAGUGCAUAAGCUGAUGAAAGAGGGAGUGGGAGAGAAAGAAAGUGAGAUUAUAGAGCACUUAUCCCUGCAAUAAUUAGAAUUGUGUGUGUUUUUUAUGUUUUUGUUGGAAACAAGGCAAAGUUAGUAUUAGUGUUGUUUUUUUCUGAAUACCUAUUCGUUGUGUGUUGAGUGAAUCUUGAUAAACGUGCCAUAGAGGUUUCUCCUGCACCAGAUGAAUCCAGAAAAAAAUGUGUUCCAGUAACAUUCCAGUUAAACUAUGGUGUGACUAUUAUAAUGACCACAUACAGUAUGAUCCAGAAAUACCACUUUGAUAACAAACGUUUAACAAACAAUUCUGCCGAACAUCAAACAUUUUUAAUCUGGUGACACCAAAUCAAAAUUUAAAUCUAAUUUUGUUUCCUCAUCUCUUCAUAAUGAUCUGUGUUCAAGUCCUAUUUUCCUCAGGGAAGAGUUGUCCUUAUUCUAACUCUGACACAGUUGUCAUUCAUUCAUGAAAGAUGAUGAAAGAAGAAGCUUCACAUUUUUUGUGAUUUCAUUCAAAACAUGAUCAUUUUGGACCCAGUUUGACAUUACAUUUUGAUUGAUAAAUUGAUAAUUUCCUUUAUAAUUAUCUGUAUCUAUAUUUAAGUGUUAACCCUACAGCCUGUCGCAGAGCCCAGAGUUCACACUUGCGGUUAUAGGUUUUGCUGUUUUUUCUUGUUAUACCUGAAACAGCAUGUUGGAACAUCACUAGUGGAACUAGUGGUAGACAUACUCUAAUUCGUAAUUGUUACAAAAAAAAAGAAUAAUUAAUGUGAAUUGCAGGUUUAUACAGGAAGCUUAUUCAAACAUGAAAGAUCAUCAACAGAAUAUUCUAGAAUGAAUAUUCAAAAAAGAAAUAUCAUUGAUUUAUGGACAGAAAAGGUCUACACCACACAGUGUGAACCUUGGGAAACUUAGGACAGACCACUGGCUGUAUUACCAGGCUGAUUUACCUGAUGAUCUCAUAUACUUAUAGAUUCUGAGAGCAUUUCAGUAGCCAUGUUUUUCAGUGCAAUGUAUUUGAUUGGUGUUGCUGACCAGAUGAUUAAGGAAAGUUCUAACUGCAUAUGAACAUUUGUCAAACUGUGAAUGACAAUCCAAUUCAACCUUUUCUUCAAUCCUUUAUUAUUUUCAAUUGGCAGUGUAUGGACUUCAACAUGAAUGCUCAGGGAGAACAUUUUAUUGAAAUUCUGUAAAGGAUUAUUGGCUAUUGUUUGUUUUAUUUCAGUUGUUAUACUUGUGUCUAGGAUUGUUCAUCCCACAAACCUAAAAAACAAAUAGAAAAAUAUCAGUAGUUCACUCAGCUUUCAGCUGUGUUAAUGUUUCAUUUAAAAUCAUAAACAUAUACUAAUAAUAUUAAUUACAGGCCAUUCGCAUUACUAAUACCAUCUAAUCCCACAGAACACAAUACAGUGUCACACUUUUGGUCCAAUUUGUAUUUUUCUGGAUGGGGAUUGUUGUAAUUGUCACUCAUAUUGCAUAAAUCUAUGUGCCAAAUACCUCUUCUACAUUUUGCUCCACUAGCAGAUUCUGCCCAUGAGCCAGGAAUUUGUAGUGCGUUACUAAUACGGGUUUCUACAGGGUAGCCACUGCUGUGGAGUUCCCUCUGAACAAGCUUUGAAUACACAGAAGACUGUUGUCGUUCUUUUUCAGUCUACUUUAUCCAUAUUGAUAUGUCCUAAAGUCAGUUUCAGCACUCAGUUGCACCAUAAGACUGAAGUGUAAUGAAGUUAUGUUCUACCGCAGCAGAAAUCAUUUUGUUGGUCUAGUUGUAUUAGGUAUUAAAAGCAAUACAGGCUGUAAAGUAGAACUUUGGACAAAUUUAUUUUUUCAAUCGAAGCAAAGGUACUAAAUCAUCAUCUCUGGAUUUGUGGUAUUUACAUGUUGAUGUACAGAUGCUUAUUCUUCUUGUUAGCGAAAGAUCCUGCGAUCUGUUCUUUGUGUUCUUUGUUCAUAGUAUAUGUAUCGUAGUUUGUAGAACAGUAUAUCUAAUCUGUGGUUUCUACCCUCUGUGUUAAUUGUUUAAUUUCUUUUGUAAAAAGCAAUACGAUGCAUCUGAACUUGUGUGUGUGCGUGCGUGUGAGAGAGUAUGUUUGAUUAAGUCAAACCCCAGACAAGGCUUUAAUACAUUAGAUAAGGAGCAGCAGGGUCAGCUGGUGAAGUAUAUGGUAUAUGGAUAUCUUAGUUUUCCCAGGUUUAAUUUACACACUUUUAGUAGCACUGAGCUCGAUCCCAUCAAUGAGGCUGCACAAGCAUGAGGCACCAUGCACCCCACUGUUAAUUCUGUUUAUUCAUGACUAUAGAUUAUGCAAACCUGACUUUCAAAGGGCCUUUUUUUCAGUCACCAAUAGCACAAGUUGAGUUUACAGCUAUAUCUUCAUCUAGGAAACUCGUAGUCAAACUCUUUACUGCUUAGCAAAGGCACUGAAUUUUUUCCAAAUGUCCUGAAUAAUGGAAAGGAAUUAAUGUGUGACAUCAUGCUUGUCAGACUAUUUUUAUUUGAAGGUGAUACUAAGUGUUACUAAGAUGUUGAUUGAUCUUAAUUUACUGAUCAUUUUCAUUGCAUUGUUGAAAUGUGAUUGUUGUUUUUUUUUCUGUUUUGUUUUGUUAGUUUCUUUUUUACCCCCCCCUCCCCAAAAAAAGCACAGCUGAUACAGUUAUUAAAAGAUAUGUUUUAGAAUAUAGAAGAAAAAGACAAAAAACAAACAAACAAAAUUUUUUAGCCAUAAUCGAAUGUCAAGCAAUAAUAUAUAUGGUAUAUUAUUAUUCUUCAUCUUUGUGCAUAGGCUUUUCACAUUUGCAUGUAAAUACACCUUUUAUUUAUCACAUUUUUCCCCAUUUUAUUUUCUCUUUGUCUCUCUAUUUUUUUCUGGUUAUUAUUUUUUGUUGUGUAUAUUUGACUGGUUCUGUUCCCAGGUGGAGAACUAAGAACUUCAUAUGGCCUGUAAACUGUACAGCUUAAUUUCACUUUCUCUCUCCCUCUCUCACCUUUUUUCUGCUUUUAAUUCACAAUAUUUAAUGUUAUUAUUGAUCACAUGUAUAAAGGUAACUUUGUAACUUCUGUCUGUAUAGGUAAGAAGAAAAUACUGCUAUUAAGACCUACUCAGUGCAAAUAUUUAUCUGUUUAUUGAGAACAUCAUGCUGUACAGUAUCUCUGUUUUUAGUAUACUUCUCUCUUUUAGAGUUAGUUUGAUAGAGGUAGGGUGUGCUGACAUUAAUUUUGUGUUUAAACUGAUGUGUGGUGCUAGGUAAGUUACUUUUGUGAACAAAACUUCUUGAUUCCUAGACUAGGCCACUCGAUUAGUCCAUUCAUUUCACUAUUGAGUAUUGAUGCAUUAUUGAUAUUAGGACUUGAUAAAUAAUAAGGAUAAUGAUAAAGAUUAAUUAUUAUAGUGGUAAAAAUUACAUUAUAAAUUACCCAGCAAGUACCUGUAUCAGUGUGCUAGUCUUGGGACACGGCUCUUGUUUCCUUCUCACUUUAAGAAUAGAAGUAAAAGCAGUAUCAUUGAAUUAAGAUGCUAUAUUCCACAUUGUGUUUCUGAUUUCUCACCAUGAAGAAAAAGCUACAGAAAGACAGUAUUGAUUCUUUUGAUUGUGAAAACCACUGGCUGGAGUUCAAAUUGUUCAAACACAAUGCCUACAAUGCGGUACUUUUGUAGUAUCCAAUGCUGGAAAGGACUUUAGAUGAGUGACUGAAGAAUAUAGUCUGAUUAUUCUGGCUUAUAUAUGAUUCCACAUUUAGCCUCGCUUUGGUUUCUUCACUUUGAUUUAACCUACACCGCAGUUUCUGACGCCCAGACUCACGCACAUUUUUCAUGCACGUUUUUUCCAGCCUAAAGAGUAUCUACUCACUGUCAAUAAGGACUUGGCACACAAACACACACACACACUCACACACACACAAGCACAUACAUACACACUGUGGUUAAGUGUUAAAUGUACAAGAAAUUGAAAUUGCCAGUUGUAGGUUCAUUCUACUGGAACGUCUCAUUUUUUUCCUCUCUGUAGCAAGUAUGAAGACUAUACUCGCAAUAAUAAUACACAACAAACUACACUGAGUGCCUAUUCUCAGUGGUCCAGGAUGCAGAAUUGAAAUUUAGCUGUUGCUCUUGUUUUCACCGUUUGAUCAUGUACGCAAAAUGAUAAUGUAUUUGCACACGUAGGUGACUUCUAUCUUCUGUGUGUUUUUCCGACUUUAUUUUUCAUGCAGUGUCUUUUCAUGUACCUGAAAUGUUUGUUUCUGACUUUUUCUGUAAAACAGUGUUUUCCUGCCUCUCCUACUGUUCUGUGUUUGUUUGUUUUAAGAAACUUUACCUUGCCCUUUUAUGCACAGCCUGCUUUCUUUAUUUCUGUUCUUCCUGCUCUUCUGCUGAACAGCAACCAUUGUCGUAACCCUGAUAAGACAUACGUUCUGAUUGAAUCGGUCACAGUCUGAUUGAAAUCAAGAAUGACCGUGUUUUAUUGCCGACCCAGGUUUGGGGAUUUGUAAAGAAGAAAAAAAAUGGAUGGAUAAUAGACAAUCCACUCUGUGUUUCCCCUUGUUUUAUGAUGUUCCAAUUUCUGUUCCUUAUGACAAACAAAUGACUAAUGCAUUGUAUUUAAAGUAUUCAUAUGUGUAUGUAAAAUAUGCAUAAUACACAUUUGGAUUUCUUUCCUGUUGUCUGUUAAAUGUGAGCUCCAGGGGUGGGCGCUGGGGUGGGGUGGGUUUUACUCCACACAUUGGCAGCAUUAAACCGUAGGAAAAUGCAGAGGCCGGUUUGUGGUUGUCACCAAUUUUUACGUCACACGUUUGCUACUGAUCUUAAAAUGGGGACAGAUGAUCAUGUACCUUUUUAUCCAGCUCUUUUGAACUCUCUUUAGGAGAUAGUAUCUUCACAAUAGUAGUUUUGCUCCUUCUCUUCGUCGGAUUCUUAAAUAUGGAAAUAAGUAUUUUGAUUCAUUUUGUAAAUACAGCUGUAAAGAAAAAUAAGAAAUUUAAUGUUGUCUUUUAAAUACUUUUCAUUCUAAUAUGAAUGUUGUUAUAUUGUACUUAGAAACUGUACCUUUAAUAUUACCUUUAUUAAAAGUGCAUUGGACACAUCGAUUUUAGAUGUGCUUUAUGUGCUGUUAUCCCAUAAUAAAAUUUACCGCUUGUAAUGGGCUCUCA